AUUAACAAACAACAACAACAAAACAGCAACUUUUAAUCCUGCCCAAUGCUGCCGCCUCGCGGGCGCAGUCGUUAGUUGCCGGAGGUCGUUCCCAUAGCAACAGUUGUUGCCAUACUGUCGAAGCUCUGUCAGUAACAGGUGACCGUGUCUCUUCGUAAUAUAGCUUCAGUGUUUGCUGACUUCAAAACAGUCUACGGUAGCGUUAUAUUUAGAAGAAUAGUUUGACGAACUUUUGCAGAGAAAUGAUGGCUGGCAAAGGCGGUUUGGCGAAACUGGACGUCGGUCUGUUAAGCGCUGAGCAGCAAGAGAAACUGCGACAGUUCAAGAUCAAGACGAGAAUCGAAAACGAGAAAUAUCUGAGGUCUCAUCCAGAAGUGGAGGUACUGAUCGGCGACUUUCUCAGAGAUGUGCUUCUUAAAAGGCCUGCUGACAUCCGUGAGUUUGCUGCAGAUCACUUCAGCAACACAAACCUUCAUGUGAUUAUUGACUCCAAAAUGGAAGGAAAUCGUGACAUGAAGUGAAACACACCCAACAGUCCCUGUGCUUCUCCUUUAUGUCUUUUUUUUUGUACAGAACAAUACAUGGGUGGACUCUGACAAUGAAGACACUGAUGUCUGUGUCUGUCAGCAAAGUAUUCUUUGAUAGCGUUAUUGUCAGAUUGCUAUUGUGCAUAUGCAGGAAGCCAGCUAAUAGGAAGAUGCUAAUGAUCGUUCUUAAUGAGUGUGAUUAAAGGUUAAUGAGAAGAGGAUGUCCUGUGGGUAUUCUGCAUACAGCACAUCGAGUUGUUUGUCACAUCACCAGCGUGAUUUUAAAGUGAUUAUACUGAAUGCUGGAGUUGGUGUUUAUUGCUUGUACCUUUUCUAUACUGUAGUCUGCAUAUGGACUCUGUAUAAUCCUUCAACUAUGUGUAAUAUUUACUUUAACAGAUUUUCUUUUUCUUUACUUAAUAUGCACAUUUAUUCAUGGUCCACUCAGAUUGUGUCCUUGGUGGUAUGUUGUUAUCUCCCUUUGUGCUUUUUUAAUAUACAUAUUCAUAUUUGUGACGGUGGGAAAUGUGGAAAUGAGAAGCCUGAGAAUCUGAAAUCUGAGAAAGUUUGCUGACUUUUAAUGAAAGGUUUUCCCACUGAGCUCCUUACAGUCUGUGAUGGACAGACUUCAUUGUGGCGCUCAGUACUGAAGAGCUGCUGUUUUAUGUUUGAGGUCUUUCUCCAUGGAGAGCAUGAAUGGAGCUUUUAACCAGGGUGGUUAUCCUCUUUUGUCUGUUGGUUUGUUUGUUUUAUACGUAAUUUCAUUUGUACAGUUAAGCUCUGUAUUGGGUUGUGGUACGUGGUUUAUUAGUCCACCCUUCUUUUCCAGCUGCCA